ACACACACACCGCAUCACCGCUCAUUGUGUGAAAAAGUAGUCCCACUGGAAUGCGACUCGACGUUUAAUGAGACGCGAACGCGUUGAGACGGGAGCACGAAAACCGCUUUAUUUGCGCAAGAGAACUCGAAUAGAAAGAAAUAUCUUACAGUUCUGAUGACGAAAAGACAAUACAGGUGAUACAACAAUAGCAGGCGUUCGGGUGUAUUCAUACAUACAAACACACAGAACGAGACGGCGGAAUGAUACAUUUCCACUUUACCACCACUACCCCCCGGCGGAAGGAUACGACUCGGAAGCGGCGCAGCGUCAGGAAUCGCAGCUCCACCACACAGGGAGAGAGUGAGUGAGUGAGUGAGUGAGAGAGAGAGAAUGGGACCGGAGCUGACAUAAGAAUGAACGCGUCUGCGUUAUAACCACGGCCGAAUUCCCACAACUUGGAGAAAUAAAAAAACCAAAGGAAAAAGGGAUUUUUCCCCCAAACCCGGGGUUCUUAUCCAACCGAGCGGGAGACGAGGAUUCAGAGGCAACCAUGCGAUGAGCUCCAGGGAGAAGCGGAGGAAAAACAUGGGCGCGCUGCUGCCGAGUCUCUUUUUGUGCACUUUUUGUUUGCAAAUACGCGCCGUGCCUCUCCUCCUGUACGCCAACAGACGCGACUUGCGAUUGGUGGACGCCGCCAAAGGUCCCAGCGCCAACGCCACGGUGGUGAUAAGCGGCUUGGAGGAUGCUGCAGCCGUGGACUUUGUUUUCAGCAGAAGUCUGAUUUACUGGAGCGAUGUGAGCGAGGAGGCCAUUAAGCGGGCCACCUUUAACGGCUCGAGCUCCAGCUCCCAGACCACGGUGGUGUCGGGUCUGGCUUCGCCCGACGGUCUGGCAUGUGACUGGUUGGGUAGUAAACUUUACUGGACAGACUCGGAAACAAACCGCAUCGAGGUAGCCGAGCUCAACGGUUCACUCAGGAAAGUUUUGUUCUGGCAGGACCUGGACCAGCCGAGAGCGAUCGCUCUGGAUCCGGGCAGAGGGUACAUGUACUGGACAGACUGGGGAGAGAUCCCUAAGAUUGAGAGGGCAGGUAUGGAUGGCACAAAUCGAGCCGUGAUCAUCGAAACUGAGAUCUACUGGCCAAAUGGGCUCACGUUGGACUACAGCCAACAGAAGCUUUACUGGGCUGAUGCCAAAUACAACUUUAUUCAUCGCUCGAAUCUGGAUGGCACAGGGAGAGAGACCGUAGUGAAGGGUGCUCUACCACACCCCUUCGCCCUAACGUUGUAUGAAGAGACACUUUUCUGGACAGACUGGAACACACACUCUAUACACUCAUGUCAGAAGCAGACAGGGGAGGAGCGCCAUGAGAUCCACUUGAACAUCUUUUCGCCUAUGGACAUUCACGUUUUCAGCCAAAAGAGACAGCUCACCGAAGUGAGGAGUCCUUGUUCUGUGAAAAAUGGUGGCUGUUCGCACCUGUGCCUGCUUUCGCCGGUCAAGCCGUUCUACCAGUGCGCCUGUCCCACCGGUGUGCAGCUGCUGGAAGGCAACAAGACCUGCCGAGAUGGAGCCACGAAGCUGCUUCUCCUUGCACGGCGCACAGACCUCCGGCGCAUCUCUCUCGACACGCCGGACUUCACCGACAUCGUUUUACACGCGGAGGAUAUCCGACAUGCCAUCGCCAUCGACUAUGACCCCGUAGACGGCCACGUGUAUUGGACAGAUGAUGAAGUGCAUGCAAUUCGCCGCUCUCGGUUGGAUGGCAGUGAUGCACAGCUGCUCGUCACCUCGCAAGUGAAUCACCCAGAUGGCAUUGCUGUUGACUGGAUUGCACGCAACCUUUACUGGACCGACACAGGCACUGACCGCAUUGAAGUGACACGGCUUAACGGUACCAUGAGGAAGAUCCUGAUUUCCGAGGAACUGGACGAGCCUAGAGCGAUCGUCCUGGAUCCUGUCUCAGGAUACAUGUACUGGACCGACUGGGGUGAGAUCCCGAAGAUCGAGCGUGCUACUCUGGAUGGAACCGAGCGAGUUGUGAUGGUGAACACAUCCCUGGGCUGGCCCAAUGGCCUAGCGCUCGACUAUGCAGAGAGGAAGAUUUACUGGGGAGAUGCUAAGACUGACAAAAUAGAGAUGAUGAAUAUGGAUGGAACUGGUCGCAGGAUUUUGGUCGAGGACAAACUUCCGCACAUAUUCGGCUUCACCCUCCUGGGCGACUACGUUUACUGGACAGACUGGCAAAGGCGCAGCAUCGAGCGUGUGCACAAACGCACCGCCGAUCGCGAAGUGAUCAUCGACCAGCUGCCUGACCUCAUGGGGCUGAAGGCUACCUACGUUCACCAGGCUUUAGGGACGAACCCGUGUGCGGAGAACAACGGUGGUUGCAGUCACCUGUGCCUGUACAAGCCACAGGGUGUGGCGUGCGCAUGUCCCAUCGGCCUGGAGCUCAUGGGCGACAUGAGCACGUGCAUCGUCCCGGAAGCCUUUUUGCUCUUCUCACGUCACACUGACAUUCGCCGCAUUUCCCUCGAAACCAACAACAAUAACGUUGCCAUUCCGCUCACUGGUGUCAAGGAGGCAUCAGCGCUCGACUUUGACGUGACCGACAACCGCAUCUACUGGACCGACAUCACGCUAAAGACUAUCAGCCGAGCAUUCAUGAAUGGCAGUGCCCUGGAGCACGUGGUUGAGUUUGGUCUUGAUUACCCAGAAGGCAUGGCUGUGGACUGGCUGGGCAAGAACCUGUACUGGGCAGAUACUGGCACUAAUCGCAUUGAGGUGGCAAAGCUGGACGGCCAGCACAGGCAGGUCCUGGUGUGGAAAGACCUGGACAGUCCACGAGCUCUUGCACUGGACCCUGCUGAAGGGUUCAUGUACUGGACUGAGUGGGGUGGGAGACCCAAGAUUGAUCGCGCAGCCAUGGAUGGGACUGGACGGAUCACUUUAGUACCCAAUGUGGGUCGUGCCAAUGGGCUCACCAUUGACUACGCUGAGAGGCGCCUCUACUGGACCGACCUGGACACCACGCUUAUUGAAUCUUCCAACAUGCUCGGUCUCGAGCGUGAGGUGAUCGCAGAUGACCUGCCCCACCCUUUCGGUCUCACGCAAUACCAAGACUACAUUUACUGGACAGACUGGAGCCUGCGCAGCAUCGAGCGUGCUAACAAAACCAGUGGGCAGAACCGCACACUCAUCCAGGGACAUCUGGAUUACGUCAUGGACAUCCUGGUGUUUCAUUCGUCACGUCAAGGAGGCUGGAACGCCUGCGCCUCAACCAACGGGCACUGCUCACACCUGUGCCUGGCCGUGCCUGUCAGCAGUUAUGUGUGUGGCUGCCCAGCACAUUACUCACUUAAUGAUGACAACAAAACCUGCAGCGCACCCACGUCUUUCCUACUGUUUAGCCAGAAGUCAGCUAUUAAUCGCAUGGUAAUGGACGAGCAGCAGAGCCCUGACAUCAUCCUACCCAUUCACAGCCUACGCAACGUUCGAGCCAUCGACUACGACCCACUCGACAAGCAGCUGUACUGGAUCGACUCGAAGCAGAACUUCAUUCGUCGUGCGCAGGAGGACGGCAAUCAGAGUAUGACCGUGGUGUCCAACUCAUUGGGGGGCCACAAUCUGGGCUUGCAACCAUUUGACCUGAGCAUCGAAAUCUACAGCCGCUUCAUCUACUGGACCAGCGAGGUGACCAACGUAAUUAACGUAACACGCCUUGACGGCUCGCGUGUUGGAGUGGUGCUCCGUGGAGAGCAUGACAAGCCCCGUGCCAUUGUGGUUAACCCCGAGAGAGGGUACAUGUACUUUACCAACCUGCAGGAUCGCUCUCCUAAGAUCGAGCGAGCAGCUCUGGACGGCACUGAGCGAGAGGUUCUGUUCUUUAGCGGCCUGAGCAAACCUGUCGCCCUCGCUAUCGACAACGAGCUGGGCAAACUCUUCUGGGCCGACAUGGACCUGCGUCGCAUCGAAAGCAGCGAUCUAUCUGGCGCCAAUCGGAUUGUGAUCGAGGACUCAAACAUACUGCAGCCAGUGGGUUUGACUGUGUUCGGUAAUCACCUCUACUGGAUCGAUCGGCAGCAGCAGAUGAUCGAGCGCAUCGACAAGACAACGCGCGAGGGCCGGACGAAAAUCCAAGCUCGCAUUACGGCGCUUACAGACAUCCACGCUGUCCACGAGCUUCACAUGGAUGAGUACAAUAAACACCCUUGUACCCUAGACAAUGGAGGAUGCUCCCACAUCUGUAUAGUAAAGGGAGAUGGUACGACCCGCUGCUCCUGCCCUGUUCACCUGGUUCUCCUGGUGGAUGAGCUUUCCUGUGGAGAGCCGCCCACAUGUUCCCCGGAGCAGUUCUCAUGCACAUCGGGAGAGGUGGACUGCAUCCCGCAGGCCUGGCGCUGCGACGGAUAUGUUGAGUGCAAAGAUGAAAGCGAUGAGCAAGACUGCCCCGUGUGUUCAGACAACGAGUUUCAGUGCGACAGCAAGCAGUGCGUGGACAUCUUACUGCGCUGCAACGGCGAGAUCAACUGCCAGGAUCGCUCAGACGAGAACAAGUGCGAUGUUCAUUGCCCUCCCGAUCAGUUCAUGUGUAACAACGGUCAGUGCAUUGGCAAGCACAAGAAGUGCGACCAUAACACGGACUGCACGGAUAACUCCGAUGAGAUUGGCUGCUACCCCACAGAAGAACCUUCUCCCCAACCAACCAACACCAUCGGCUCCAUCGUCGGCGUGGUGAUGACGCUGUUUGUUGUGGGCGCAGUGUACUUUGUGUGCCAGCGCGUCUUGUGCCCGCAGAUGAAGGACGACGGCGAGACCAUGACCAACGACUUUGUCGUGCACGGGCCAUCCUCUGUACCGUUGGGCUACGUGCCACACCCGAGCUCUCUGUCCGGCUCUCUUCCAGGCAUGUCUCGUGGGAAGUCUGUGAUUGGCUCAUUGAGCAUUAUGGGAGGGAGCAGCGGACCACCGUACGAUCGGGCGCACGUGACUGGGGCAUCCUCCAGCAGCUCGUCUAGCACUAAGGGCACUUAUUUCCCUCCUAUCCUGAACCCUCCUCCUUCUCCAGCUACAGUGCGCUCUCAGUACACCAUGGAGUUUGGCUACUCGUCUAACAGUCCUUCCACACACCGCUCAUACAGCUACAGACCGUACAGCUACCGGCACUUCGCUCCUCCGACCACGCCGUGCAGCACAGACGUCUGCGACAGCGACUACACGCCAGGCCGGCGAGCGCAGCCCGUCUCCUCCUGCAUCAUUGCCAAGGGCUACACGAGUGACGCCAACUAUGACUCGGAGCCGUUCCCUCCCCCUCCCACGCCGCGUAGCCAGUACCUGUCCGCCGAGGAGAACUGCGAAAGCUGCCCGCCCUCGCCGUACACAGAACGCAGCUACUCUCAGCACCUUUACCCUCCACCGCCCUCGCCCUGCACUGACUCAUCCUGAGCCCUGCCAAUCACGUCCACAACCCCGCCCCAUGCCCCAACACAUUACCCCACCCAGCCCGCCAUCUCAAUCGGUGUAAAUAGCAUUUGUGCAUAAAAUGAUUUUUUUUUUUUUUUUUAAAAGUGACUGAUGUGUAUGUUGUUCUGUAAAGAGCAAGAAAACCAGUUUUUAGGGGGGAAAUAGACACUUUGGCGUGCAGAGGUGGCGGAUACUUGUAAAAGAAAAGAAAAAAAAAACUAAAGAAAGCAUAUUUAUAUAUUUUCUAUACAGCGUUUAUUGAUUAUGCCAUAGAGCUUUGUAUUGCUAAAAAAUAAUUUGUACAUUUUUUUAAAAGAAGAAAGUUUUAUUAAAUUCACACAGACAUCAUGUUGCCUUAAUCCAAGAGCGUGUUAAUCGAGCUGCCUGUUCUGAGGCUCGAGCGCUCGUGGGAAACGUCUGGAGAGGACUGCAGGUUGUUGGGUUUUUUACCCCUGGAUGCCAAAAAAAAAGGCGAAGAGAACGGAUGGAGAGGGAGAUUGGAGCCUCCUUGUGGCUGACACUAGUAUUACACUGUUCAGCUGUGGGGCCAUUUUGUCUGAACCACUAGAUUUUUUGAUCAGCCAGUCCACCUAGAGCUCCUGUACAAGCUAUAAAUAGAGCGCGCUUCUUCUGCUCACUUUGUCGUAUUUUUAAUACAAAAACAGAAUGCCAUGGGAGAUGUAGCAAUAAGAAGAAGGACGACGGCUGGUGAGACAGAUGUGUGGUGCCACUGAUUAUCAAGACGAAGCAUCCAUUUCCUUUUGGCUCCAAAAACGAACUCCAGGAUGGAUGAGGAAACACCACUUCACGGUCUUGAGCAGAUAACCAAAAUCUUCACUUUUGCCUCAAAUUUUUUUUUUUAUUUGUCCAGUUUUUUUUUUCCUCCUCCUCCUCUUAUGAUGCCUGACUACAACUGCAGACAAACUCCUCCCUGGCAGAAGGUUCCAUCUUUGAGCACAUACACUCGUUUCCUCUUCCAUCUCCUCACCACCCAUCAGCACUGUGGACUCCAUAUGGGAAAUUCUCUUCCCAAAACAUUCAUCAUAAACAUUCAGUACAUAAUCAGGAGCAAGUUUAUUGUGGCCGAGUGUUUUUAUUUUUUAAUUUGCAGCUCUUUUUUUUCCUUCUUUUUCUCCAAGAACACCAGUGCCCAUAAAAUGUCAAAUAUUUUUGUACCACAUAUUGUAUAGAUACCAUAUUUAUAAGCUAUAAAAAGAGGAAGAAAACUUGUAAA